AUGCAGGUCUACCGCGCACAGGGCAUGGAGGCGGCGGCGGCCAAUGUGGCGCUUGUCACCCGCGAUGCACCCGCACUUGCCGAGGUGCUCAUCAGCUCGCGCUCACUUGCGCUUUGGCGGGCAGCACUGGCUCACGUUGCUGCCGAGCCGGAAUGGUCGCUCGUGCUUCCAAAGGAGGUGGCGCUUGCGCUCGUUGCCGCCCUCGCCCGGGUGGUCGGCUCGCUGGAGGGCCUCGAGGUUCUCGAGCAGUUGCCCGACCUCGCGAAAUCGCUGCAGCCAGACGGCUACGCCGUGUUUACCAGCGAGGCUGAGCGCGAGGUGGCGAGCGCCGUCCGGGUCAACACCAUCCUGGACGCACUCGACGCGUACCUGUGGGCGCAAAAGCCGUCGGCGCUCCCACCGCAGAUUCGGCGGCUUGCCGACCACGAGUACGCCAACGGGGCGGCCGUCGACGGGGCGGCCGAUCCGGACGCCACCCGCAUCAUCCGAGGGCCGGACCACAACACGCCGCUACGGCAGUUUGUCGAGGACCCGAACUCGCAUUGGGGUGUGGCUUUUGAGCUCGACGCCCGGUGCAUGCUCUGCAUGCUCCCGCUGCGGGUCCGCGAGCCCACCGAUGCCGAUAGUGGCAGCACUGCGCUACUCGCCGCAGUCACCGCCUUUCCGUGUGGGCAUGUCUUCCACGAGGCGUGCGCCGUCGACGGCGGCUGCGGCGUGUGCUUUGGCUCGUCGCUGGCAUCGCUGGCAUCGCUGGCGGCGCAGUAAAGGCGAGUGUGUUACG